CAGUCGCAGUCGCAUUUCUAAUUGCAUUGUGCCUGCGAUCGGUUAGAUUAUUCCACAGAAGCUUAGUUAGCCGGACGUCUAGAUACUGACCACUGGUCACGUCGUGAAAAAUGUCGCAGAUGGUGCAGCUGGACGCCCUGGUGAUGGCCAUGGCCUGCCUCUCCACCACGCCAGUGAACCUGGGUGGCGGCCUGGUAGUGCCUCCUUCGCUGGAAAACGUGACCUCCAGUAGCUGCCCUGCCGAUUCCGUCAGCGCCCUGACGACCCGCAUCCAGUCCUUGGCCAGAGAGAUCGACGAGUUCAAGCAGAAGAUCGGCGGCCUCCAGGAGCAGCUAGUGGACCUGCGGAGACUGGGAGCCUCCCCGUCGGUGGCCCUCUCAGCGAGCACGCCCAACCUUUUGGGCUCCCGAUUCUUGAGCCUCGAGCCGCAGCUCCUGGGCGAAGGAGGAGCAGUGGUCGCCGGGGGUGGGGUACCUGCCACGCCGGCGAACUGCGUGAAGCAGCAGCAUGGAGUAACCCGUAUCCGACCUCGCGCCAACGUGGAGCCCUUCUUCGUCUUCUGCGACCAGAAGGAGCGGGGUGGGGGCUGGACGGUGGUGGUGAACCGGAAAGACGGCACCGAGGACUUCAACCGAAACUGGGGCGACUACAAGAUCGGCUUCGGCCAGCUCACCACCGAGUUCUUCAUCGGCUUGGAAAAGCUCCACCAGAUCACCAGCAGCGACAACUACGAGCUCCUCGUGCAGCUCCAGAACAGGAAACAGGAGCUGCGCUACGCCCACUACGAUCACUUCAGCAUCGGCAGCGAGUCGGAGCAGUACAGGUUGAAUGUCCUGGGCAAGUACCAGGGCGACGCCGCCGAUGCCCUGCGCCAGCACACUGGAAAAAAGUUCAGCACUCAGGACCGGGACAAUGACGAGAGCGAGUCGAACUGCGCGGCGGCCCAAUCGGGGGCCUUCUGGUACGGCGCCAGCUGCAAUCUCAGCAACCCGUUCGGGCUGUACCAGCGUCUUUUGGAGCGGGACGUCGACGGCUUUAAGGGCAUCCUGUGGAGGGGAUUCCUGGACGGACCCAAGGGCUCCCUGAAGUUUGUCCGAAUGCUGGUGCGUCCCCGCAGUGGGUCAUGAUUAGGAUAACGACUUGAAGUCACUUACGUUAAAUAAAUUGAAUGUAAUGCAACAAAAAAACAAUAAAUUCUAUGGAGUCUGCCUUUUGGCAGUUUGGCUUAGA